CGGGAAUAGCGGCAUGAGAAAGUAAAGCGAAAAGUGACAAAUUCAUCAAAAUUUAUAUAGAUUGUCUGCCUAACAACCAAGUUUUAUUGAUAUAUUUGACAGAAAAGGACAGCGAAAACAUGGCGAGUGUAUCGUAUCACAUUGCCAAUUUGUUGGAGAAGAUGACAUCAAGUGAUAAAGAUUUCCGUUUUAUGGCCACUAAUGAUUUGAUGGGAGAAUUACAGAAAGAUUCAAUCAAAUUAGAUGAUGAUAGUGAACGAAAGGUGGUGAAGAUGUUAUUAAAAUUACUGGAAGAUAAAAACGGAGAAGUUCAGAACUUGGCUGUUAAAUGUUUGGGUCCACUAGUAAAUAAAGUAAAAGAGUUUCAAGUAGAGACGAUUGUUGAUACGUUAUGUAGUAAUAUGUUAUCAGAUAAAGAACAACUACGAGAUAUAUCUAGUAUAGGUUUAAAGACUGUUAUCAGUGAGUUACCACCAUCAUCUACAACUCUAGCAGCUAAUAUUUGUAAAAAAAUCACAGGACGAUUAACUAGUGCUAUAGCUAAGCAAGAAGAUGUAUCAGUACAAUUAGAAGCUUUAGAUAUACUCGGUGAUUUAUUAAGUCGAUUCGGAGGUCUUUUGGUCAGUUUCCAUAGUUCUAUUCUACAGGCAUUGUUGCCUCAAUUAUCCAGUCCCAGAUUAGCUGUUAGAAAGAGGACAAUAAUAGCCAUUGGUCAUCUUGUGAUGAGUUGUAAUAACACAUUAUUUCUAGAGUUAAUAGAAUUUUUACUGUCUGAGUUAUCGAAAAAUACAUCAACUUCCACAACUAGAACUUACAUACAGUGUAUCGGAGCUAUCAGUCGACAAGCAGGACAUCGUUUUGGGGAACAUCUAGAGAAAAUAAUACCAUUAAUUGUGAGAUAUUGUCGUGAAGAUGACGACGAACUACGUGAAUAUUGUUUACAAGCUUUCGAAUCAUUCGUCAGAAGAUGUCCUAAAGAAGUUUCACCGUUUAUAACCGAGAUAAUAGGAAUAUGUUUACAGUAUUUAUGUCAUGAUCCUAACUAUAAUUACGAUGAUGAUGAAGAUAGUGAUGAGAUGAUGGAUACAGAGGCUGAUGCUAUACAUAAACAGGCUUUCCAUUCAAUAGCGAAGUGUGUAGCAGCUUUAACUACUAUUAACCCAGAGAAAGCUGGAAAUGUUGUCAAUCAGUUUGUGUGUGAUAUAAAAAAUCCUAAAUCUACCGAUUCCAUUGUGUUAUUUUCCCUGUUGGCUCUUGGAGAGAUAGGUAAACAUAUAGAUUUAAGUAGUCAUGGUGAAAUACAGUCUGUUAUAUUAGAAUCUUUUUCAUCCCCGAAUGAAGAAGUGAAAUCGGCUGCUUCCUAUGCUCUAGGGAAUGUUAGUGUAGGUAAUAUGCAGAAAUUCCUUCCUUUUGUUUUACAAGAAAUAGAAAAUCAACCAAAACGCCAAUAUCUAUUAUUACAUUCUCUUAAAGAGAUCAUUAGCUGUGAAUCAAGUUCAACAACUGGUGUAGAGAGUUUAAAGCCUUUUGUACAAACUAUAUGGUCGAUGUUAUUUAACCACUGUGAAUGCCCGGAAGAAGGAACAAGAAAUGUUGUGUCUGAGUGUCUGGGUAAACUUACAUUAAUAGACCCUGAUAACCAGUUACGUAGUUUACAGUCACAUCUUGAUUCAGAAUCAGCUUUAACAAGGAGUACCGUUGUCACAGCGAUUAAAUUUACCAUCUCAGAUCAGCCUCAAGCUAUAGAUAUGUUAUUGAGAGGUUGUAUUGGAGAUUUCCUUAAAACUCUUCAAGAUCCUGAUUUAAAUGUUAGACGUGUUGCCUUGGUUACCUUUAAUUCAGCUGCUCACAAUAAACCCUCCCUAAUCCGUGAUCUACUUGACUCGGUGCUUCCUCAUCUGUAUAAUGAAACUAAAAUGAGGAAAGAGUUAAUACGUGAAGUAGAGAUGGGACCAUUUAAACACACACUAGAUGAUGGUCUAGAUAUCAGAAAGGCUGCGUUUGAAUGUAUGUACACCCUACUAGAUUCAUGUUUGGACCGAUUAGAUAUCUUUGAGUUUUUAAAUCAUGUAGAGGAUGGUCUGAAGGAUCACUAUGAUAUCAAGAUGUUGACUUAUUUAAUGUUGGUCAGAUUGUCACAUCUUUGUCCUAGUGCUGUUUUACAAAGAUUAGAUCGGUUAGUAGACCCGUUACGAGCCACAUGUACAACCAAAGUUAAAGCUCAUUCAGUAAAACAAGAAUUUGAAAAACAAGAUGAAUUAAAACGAUCUGCUUUACGAGCUGUAGCUGCUUUACUUAAUAUUCCUGAUGCUGACAAAAGUCCACAGAUGAAUGACUUUUUAACCCAAGUUAAAUCAAGUGCUGAAUUAGCCUCCAUGUUUGAAACCAUACAAAAAGACGCCAUGUCAACACCUUUAGAUUCAAUGUCCAUGGAUACAAGUUGAAACAAGCUUUUUCAUUGGUUUAUUUUGUUUGUUUCUAGUUGUUCUGUUGUUUAUGUAAAUUUAGGCCAAAAUAAAUCAAUUGUUUCUUUUUUAUCUUCUUCAAUAGAAAUGUAACAAAUAAUGUUCUGAAUUAAAAAACGUGUGCGUUGAUGGUUGACAAUAUAUUUAAUGCUUGUAUCAAAAAUUAUCUGGCAACUUAAAAAAAAUGCCCUAAGGCACCGCCAGUUCAAUUACCUCGUCAUGAAACUUGGCAUACUUGUUCUUUGGACAAUUACACAUCCGUUGACAUACUUUGAGUUUUGAUACGUGACAAUUCCAAGAUGGCUGUGGUCAGAAUAGAUGAUUGUUUACUAACGAUCAUGGCCAAUCUUGAUUUUACUUGAAUGCUAUUGAGAUAUUCAAAUCUUUACUUGAGUGCUAUUCAGAUAUUCAAUUGAAAUGUUGUGUUUUUUUUGGCCUAUAUUGUAAUUAUAUGAAAUGAUUAUUAUAUUGUAUUAUCAGGCUAUCUACCUGUAUUGGGUAGUUGUUGUAAAUAAACUUUUAGCCAAGAUUCAACUUAUUAAGAAACGUUUCACUCAGCUGAUAUUUGUCCCAAGCUUGUGUGCCUGCCUAACUGCGUGGGUUUUCUCUGGGUCUUCCUUUUGAAAAUUGUUCCAAGCUUUAGUACCUGCCUAAUCCGUGGGUUUUCUCUUUGUCCCCAUAACUGAUAUUUGUCCGAAGCUUGUGUGCCUGACUAACUGCGUGGGUUUUCUUUGGGUCUUCCUGCUGAAAAUUGUUUCAAGCUUGAGUGCCUGCCUAACUGCGUGAGUUUUCUACGGGUCCUCCGCUGAUAUUGAUUGGGUGGUCAAGUGAAGUUUUAAUCCUACAUUUGUACGUGACAAGGAAAGGGUCACCUGUCUUAUCUCUUCUGGUUUCCUCCCUCUGCUGGGGGGGGGGGGGGGUUGGAUGGCCGAAUGGUUAGCACGUGCGUGCUGUAUCAUAAGGCCUGUCAUUGAGUCAACUGGCGUGGUUUCGAAUCCCCGGUUGUACGUGACAAGGAGUAGGGUCGUCUGUCCAACCUCGCGAGUUUUCCCCUGGUCCUCCGGUUUUCUCCCACUGUUGAAGACCCCUACACACAAGCGAAUUAUUGAUAAAAUUAAACCAUAUGUUAGUCUCUCAAUGACCUAGUUUGUUGAACCCCAAGAACUGGGUUCUGAUGUUCUGAAGAACUGAUGUUAUCACGGAGGUCCUGCAUCAUGCUUUAGAUUUGAACAAAGUAAGCCUCGGAACACCAUUUAUAUUUUUGUACAAUUUUGAAUUUAAAACCAGUCUAUCAAUAAUUAUUCUUAACAACAAAAUGGCGACAGACUGAAUACAGCGGAGCAGCAUGGUGGAUGAUAUUUCGUAAAUACUGAACAGAUUUGAACCCUUUUUGAUCUGAAAUUUCAAUAAACUCAUCUUUUACAAUAUCGACACAGGGAAAAAUGGUGUUUAACGUCCACUCGACACAAACUAGGUCAUUUCGGGACUAACACAUGGAUCAAUUUUAUUUCUAUAAUUCGCUUGCGCAUAGGGGUCUUUAGCAGUGGGAGGAAACCGGAGGACCCGGAGAAACCCACGAGGUUGGACAGGCAACCCUACUCCUUGCCACGUACAACCGGGGAAUCGAAACCCCAACCGUUGACUCAAUGACAGACCGUCUCAUACAACACAGCGCGCACGUGCUAACCAUUAAGCCAUCCAACCCCUCCCCGUCGAUUCGAAAAACGCCAGUUGACUCAAUGACGGGCCUUAUGAUACAACACGCACGUGCUAACCAUUCGGCCAUCCACUCCCCCCCCACCCCCGUAGUUUAAAAUGAUGCGUCAGGACUUUUAAGUGACUGUUUAGAUUUAAGAGACAUAUUUGUUAUUGGUAAAGGAUUCCUAUUGGGCUAAAUUCUGCAUGUGAAGCAUAAAGCUACUUAAAAUAUUCAAAAAAGUAUAUUGGGUCCCGAUUGAAUUGUUUUGGGGUAAAUAUCAGCUAGGUAGAAAUAUUUGUCCUUUAAUUUUGUCAUUAGUUUGUUGAAAGAUGAAUUCUCCUUUACCAAUUUGACUAAAUUUCAUCAUGUAACAUAAUACAGCCUGGAUUUAAAGUAACAUUGCACCAUUGGCACUUGUACGUAAAAUAUGAAAAUUCUCACGGCUUAAUUGACUCGUUAAAAUGUGUAAUCAAAUUGAUUAUUUAACAUUGAAUCACAAUCUGAUUAAAACACAGAUCCUAUAUCGUUUCGUUUUUUAUAGUUCAAAAUUUCGAUUUAAUUGUCUUUACUACACUAGGAUCUGGAAGAGUUGUUAUAUAACAGGCGUUCUGGUUGAUGUGUGGGAUUAGCCAAUGAAACGGUCUGUUAUGGUGAGUUCCUGAUGUGUGGUACACAGAACUGUAGGUAGCCCACUAGAAACAUCAACGCUGAUUUGUUAAUCAAAUGUCUGACUUCUUAGGGUUAAAAGCCCCUUGUAUGGCCUCUGACGCGACCUCCCAAUACAACUGGUCAGAUCUUCAUCUAGUAGAGGCCAUUGAAAGUAUAAAAAAACAAAACGAAAUAUAGAUGUGUAUUUUAAUCAGAUUGAAUUAUUCAAGAAAACAAAGCAAGGUAAUCUCUGGGCUUGGAGUCAAUCGUAUUUAAAUCUGGCCCAUCGUUAUAUUUUCGUGGACAACAAAAUGGCGACUGGCUUAUUGCGUAGUGAGCAGCAUAGAUCGAUGAAAUUUUGAUUCUACAUAUCUUUGUAAAUACUGAGAUCCAUCUUUGAUAAUAUCAGUUUACAAGUGAUUAGUAUGGUUUAAAGAUACAUUAUGUAAGAUUUAGAUAAAGAGCUGACCAUUCUUGAGAUAAUAGCUCAAAAAUGGCUAAUGUAAAAUGAAUAAUUUGAAAAUUUCAUUCAAAUUACUUCAUUUUGAGCCAAGUUAUCACUGUUUGUAGUUUUGACAAGAUGUGUGCAUUGUGGUAACCAGGGCACUGGUAUAUUUGAAGCUUAGCUUCGCUUCACCAUUUUUAGAUUAAAUCAAAAUAUGGCUGAACUGUUCUAAUCGAGAGUUGAUUAUGGUCUGGAUAAGUUAAUAAAUGUCUAAUUAAUAAUUUAGAAAACAUUUCAGACCUAAAGAAACACCUGCAAUAGGCAGAUUUAGCUCUUGCAUAAUGUAUGGUUAAAAUGGCGCAUCAGGACUUUUAAGUGAAUGUUUAGAUUUAAAAGACAUAUUUUGAGAGAAAGAUAGUGUUUUUUUCUUUAUUUUGUUGUGAAUUAAAUUGUAAAUUUUGCUAGCCGUUACUGUAAUUGAGACAUUAUUAUUUUAUAUCAAAUUGUUCAAAUUUUUCUAGUUCUUAGAUUUUAAUAAUGUUCAUCAUUAUUAUGUUUAAUCUUGUCUACUCAUGUGAAGACUUUGUAUUUUACUAUAAGUAUAGGCAGAGGGUAAAGGCUAAAAGCCAAGGCUGGUUGCAGAUUUUGUCAUAGGUGUGGGUUAGGGUUAGCUAACCUGUGCCCUAAACAAAAUUACAUUUCGUGACUUAUGACAAAAUCUGCAAUGGGUCUUGGCUUUUAGACCUUACCAGGCAUUACCAUAGAGAGAGACUGGCCAUCUGCUGCCAGAUCAGUAAGUUUAAUAGAUCACCAUUACAACUUUAAUACAUAUAAAACAAUAAGUUUCAGUGAAAACGAACUGAAUGAUAGUUGUGUAUUUGAAAUAGGUCAGUGGUGGGGAAACGUGUAUAAGUUAUAGUCAGUCAGAGCGAGAAACUGAGUAAGAAUUUGCCAUUACAUAGAACUAAGAUCAGAAGCCAUGUUGUUACACCAUCACAAUUCAGGCAAUAAUUGACAAGACGCUUUCUCUGUAUUGCUCUAAGUUAUAAUAAUACUAGUAUAUAUGACAUCACAAGUUAUAACUAUGAUCUAAGCUGUAAUAAUACUAGUAUGACAUCACAAGUUGUAAUAAUACUAGUAUGACAUCAUACGUUGUAAUAAUACUAUGACAUCACAAGUUAAAAUAAUACUAAUGACAUCACAAGUUAUAACUAUGAUCAAAGCUGUAAUAACAAUAUGACAUCACAAGUUGUAACUAUGAUCUAAGCUGUAAUAAUACUAGUAUAACAUCACAAGUUGUAACUAUGAUCAAAGCUAUGAUAAUACUAGUAUGACAUCACAAGUUUUAAUAAUACUAGUAUAUAUAUGACAUCACAAGUUAUAACUAUGAUCAAAGCUAUGAUAAUGUAAUGUUAGAAUGUGUUUUUAUAUGGUAUUUGCCACACCCACUUUAUUAAUAAACUAAUUUAAAUCCUAGGCCUAUUUCUCAAACUUGACUGACUUGAUUUAAUGGCUUAAUUAUUAUUGAUGGCUAACACCUCCUUCCCCACUUCAUAUUAUGAUCUCCAGUCCUUUCCCCAUCAAUUAUUCCCCUGCCUUCCCCGUACACCAUCCCACCAGCCCUUUCUCCAUCAAUUUUCCCCCUGCCUUCCUCUCACACCAUCCCAACACCCCAUCAAUUGUUCCCCCACCUUUCUCUAGAGAUCCCAUACUUGUAUAUAAACAUUCUCAAUAUAUAUUUAGUGCUAAUGGACAAUAAAAUGGUUUGUUAUUUAA